AUGGCGGAUGCAGAUGUGCAGGAACUCAAUGAGCGCUUUGCUCUGGGCGACAAGCCCCUCGAGCCCGACAUGCUGGCCGAGCUGCAGUCCAUAAUGCGCCUCUACUCCCUGUCGGUCCAGGACCUGUUUUUCAAAUGGGAGAGCUACUGCAUCAAGUUGGAAAUGGACGAGUUGAAGCUGUCUGUCGACACCCUUCGUAAUUUGAAGCGAGACAUACAAGACUCUCUCGAGCGUGAGUCGCGCACUCAGCAUGCUCAUGUCAAGACGGAAAAGAGGGCCGGCGCAACCCCAAGGGCGGCAGGCAAGGGAAACGUCAAUGCCGGUGAUGUGUUUGGCAUCUUGGAAGGGAUGACUACUCCGGGCGCUGCAAAGUUGAAUAGAAACUCAUCAGCGAGGAGAAAGCCCGAAACGCCUUCGGCAUCGCGGGUCAGAGGCGGUCUUCCAGAUAGCUCGCCAAGCACCGUAGAUCGGCAUCUGAAUGAGAUGAAUGCUACCAAGGCUGCUGCGUUCAACGACAGACAGAACGCUGGAGAGGUUACUGAAGUGCUCAAUAACCACCUCAAACCAGCAGAACCCCCAAUCGCGCCUUACGGAGAGUCUCGCAUCAAACUGACUGCUGCAUCUGAUAUAAAGAAAUUAGCAUAUAAGCCCCUCGCCAUGAAGCUGUCCGAAGCCUCAGAGAUUCUAGACGACAGGAUAGAUGAGUUUCAGGGCCUCGUGAGAGAGUAUUACAAGCUGGACGAUACGGCCUUUGGAAGUGCAGCAAGUCAAGGUACUUCGGAAAUUUACGCUGUUGGCAGGAUCGCAUCCGACUCUCUGGAAGGCAAGCUUAAUGCAGCUUCAUUAGUUCUGGAAACGUCGAGACGGACAGGAGGUGGCCUCAGGAUACCCCUGAAUCUGAAGAGACUUCCGGGCUUUCAAUUCUUCCCAGGUCAGGUUGCUGCUUUCAAGGGCACCAACACAACAGGAACCGAGUUCACCGUUUUAGAAGUGCUCCAGAUUCCUCUGCUUCCCAAUGCUGCCUCAUCGCCAGCAACCAUCGAGACGCACCGGGAGAAGCUUCGAGGCGGACCAGACGCCAUGGAAUCCGAUGAUGAGCCAGCACCCCUCAACAUCAUAUUCGGAUCUGGUCCCUAUACAUCUGACGACAACUUGGAUUUUGAGCCUCUUCAUGCCCUUUGCAGUCAAGCCGCCGACACGUACGCCGACGCCCUUGUCUUGACUGGGCCCUUUAUCGAUGUGGACCAUCCUCUCAUUGCCACUGGCGACUUUGACCUGCCAGAAGAUGCCCAGAUCGAUCCCGACACAGCCACUAUGAAUACAGUCUUCAAGUAUAUGAUCUCGCCAGCCCUAAAUCGCCUGGCCGCUUCCAACCCGUCAGUAACGAUCCUGCUCGUGCCGUCAGUGCGCGAUGUCAUUGCCAAACACGUCUCAUGGCCACAAGAUCCCUUUCCGAGAAAGGAGCUGGGUCUUCCCAAAGCAGCACGUAUCAUUGGAAACCCAAUGGCCCUGUCUCUCAACGAGGUAGUCAUGGGUAUCUCUUCUCAGGAUCCGCUGUGGGAGCUGCGAUCUGAAGAGCUCAUUGGCGGAAAGCCGAGCGAUGCACAGUUGUUGAGCCGACUGCCGCGAUAUCUCAUUGAGCAACGGCAUUUCUUCCCCCUCUACCCACCCAUGGACAGGACGAAGCUGCCCAAGACUGGUACGGCCGACGGCAUUGCAACUGGCGCAAUGCUCGACACGAGUUAUCUGAGGCUGGGCGACAUGGUGAAUGUUCGGCCCGAUGUCUUGGUUGUUCCCAGUGCACUGCCGCCUUUUGCCAAGGUCGUCGAAAGUGUAUUGGUCAUCAAUCCGGGAUACCUCUCGAAACGCAGAGGUGCAGGCACGUAUGCCCGUAUGACGUUAUAUCCACCAAAAUUGAGCGCGGAAGAGGUUGGAAGCGCCAUGGUCAGUCACAAGGUAUUUGAGAGAGCGAGAAUCGAAAUUACAAGGAUAUAA